UGCGGUUUCUAUAGCAGCCGACCAUCAUGUCUAAGGUCAAUGUGAAGGAAGUGACGAUAAAAACCCCACCGCAACAUGGUCAAAGUAGGAAGAUAGGAUCAGACACAGCGAGUUCCAAGUCGAAACUACCUAAAGAUUCUUCCACCAAAGCUAAUAGAGCGACAAAAGGAAAAGGAUUUGACAAGGGCGGUAACACAGCAAAACAAACAAAAACUAAAGGAGGUAAGGGGAGCGAUAUUGACAAUAUCUUCGCAGCAGCGAAACCAACCAAAAAAUCAAAACAAACAAGCGAGAUAGACGAUAUAUUCUCUAGCGCGACAAGCAAAAAGAAGAGUAAGAUCACGCACGAGGAUGGAGAUGGCAGUACUGACAGUGAUGCGCUGGCCGGAGACGAGUCAGAGGAAAACGUUUAUUCAAAGUUAAAGAACAAAAAGCGACAGACCGCAGCAGUAAUUAAACCCGCCGAUGACGAUGAUGAUUUCUUUGAUGCGCGUGGGUUAAAGAAUAGUAAGAGACGGAAAUUUGACGGGUGUUUGGUAUAUCAUUAUGACGAGUUGAAGCUAAGUGCGAAUGCUGGAAAAACGGACGAUUGUCCUUUCGAUUGCAGGUGCUGCUAUUAAAAUUAAUUCAUUGUUAUGUAAGCCAGGGUAUUUCAUAACGUCUACGAUCAACGACCUACAUGGUGCGCGUACACUUCGAUUCACCCAACCAUCACUUACACCGUUGUCAAGAUCAACGUGCAUCCAAUUGCGACAGUAGUGCAAAGAAGGCCUAAAUUGUUGUGAGAUUAACCUACAGGAGCGGGUGAAGUAUAUAUGAGCCCCAUGUUAAAUCAAAGUGUGGCGCCACAACUGAAGAUGCUAUGUGCCCGAUAUCACUGUAUAGGACUACGCAGACUCGACGGCUUCGAGGUUACCGAACAACCGUUUAUCGCUGUUUUGUUCUCAUGAUGUG